GCGUCGCAGCCUUUAGUCAAGUGUGGGCCUUCCCCGAGAAAAAUAUUCACAUGUCGUGGUGAUAGUUCGCGCGCUCACAGGCGUGCGGCAUCGUAGCGGCCACUUCAUUCAUCCUUAUCGCCCACCGAAGAUACGAUUGCGCCAUUCGUCAAGCACUUGACAGCGCAGACAACGGUCAACUCCUGCGUCGUUCACAACGUUCUGCCACCGACAGCGUUUCAGCUUCGUCUCUCGGCCGGUCGCAACGUGUGCCUUUCAUAACUGGCCGAGCCUGGACGACUGCGCCUCUAAGCCGUGUUGUUCGCGUGAGUGUUCCGAGCCCCAUGUCAAGAUUUAUUUGCGCGGUGCCGCUCAGCCCCGUCGACUACAAGUUGUCUUGCGCUUACGGGCUGGGUCCCUUGGACGAACCACCUCCGCAAUCCCCCGAUGCCGUGGAGUGUCACAGCAGACACAUCGGCAAGCGCCGCCUUCAUACCCACCAGCUGCCUCCCGGCGGUCGCCAGGCGUGAAAGUCCUGUCUUGCGUCGCCUCACGGAAGCAUCGAACAACGGAACGCUGCGUGCUAUCUGAACCGGUAAAAUCAUGACCAACGAAAACACCGAAAGUGCACAUGACCCUUACAGCGUUCACCUCGUCAACAUCGGUGAUGGUGUCCCCAAUUUGAAGGGCAGCAACGUCAAUAGCAACAGCGGGUGUCCCAAUGGCGUACAUCUUAACGGCUUUUCUAAUGAAGCUUUCGAAGCAUCAGAGUCAACUGAGGAGGUUUCCAAGUCCGUCGAUUCUUGCCACACGGGGGACUGUGUAUCUUCCAUCGUUACCAACAGGGGCCACCCAGCCAUCCAGCGCUCGCUCACUUUGGUGGAGGCUUCGGUGCUUCGACAACCACGCGUCACUAACCGGCUACGCACAGUGUCCGCGGGCGUGCACCCCGAAUUUGAUGCGGCACGUACCCGCAAUUCGCGGCUGCUGCGAUUCUGCCCCCGCGGCUCCCUGUAUGACGUCAUCCAGGAUCUUCCCGCUAAGCCCAUCGUCAGCGACGCCGAAGAGGGCAAUGACAUUGCGAUCAUCGGGCAAGAGCCAUUUCUCCCGAGUAAGCCAAUACCCGAAGAGCCCAAGGACGACGAGGUGGUGGAGACUCCGCUGGAGAUUCUCGUGCAAGUUUUCAUUCCUUUCAUGCUAGCCGGGCUGGGAAUGGUGGCAGCCGGCGUGCUGCUCAAUAAAGCAAAGUACUUGGACGUAUUCAAGGAAAUCCCCGAGCUGAUGGUUAUGGUGCCUCCGCUGCUGGGUCUCAAAGGAAAUCUCGAAAUGACUCUAGCUUGCCGUAUGUCCACACUGGCGAACCUUGGCAAUGCGGCUAGCCGUUCAGCGUUGCUCAGCAUCACCGCGGGAAACCUCGCACUUAUCCAGUGUCAGGCAAUCGUUGCCGGCCUCGUCGCUGCCAUGCUCGCCGUCGUCAAGUCACUCGCCUCAGAAGGCUGUUUAGACUGGAACCACGUCCUCACGCUCGUCACUAGCGCGGCGCUUACGGCGGAGCUCGCUAGCAUUGUGCUCGCAAGCGUGAUGGUUCUUGUUAUAGUGCUGUGCCAGCGACUACGCAUGAACCCGGACAACGUGGCCACGCCUGUCGCCGCCUCCCUGGGCGACGUCAUUACCCUGGCGCUGCUUGCCGGCUUCGCCACGUUGCUGCAUGUCCCACUGCGAAACCAGCAAUGGGCGUCAGGCUUACUUCUGGGCGCCGUAGUGCUUCUAGCCCCGGUGUGGGCGUUCUUGGCUUACCGCAACCCUUACACACGUGAGGUUUUAAGUCAGGGAUGGCUGCCCGUCCUCUUUGCUGUCGUCGUCUCCAGCGGUGGCGGUUACAUCCUGGAAAUCGCUAGCACCAAGUACGAAGGCCUCGCUGCCUAUCAGCCAGUCAUAAACGGCGUCGGAGGAAACCUAGUGGCCGUGCAGGCGAGCCGAAUAUCCACGUACUUGCAUCUCAGUAGCGAGCGGCCAAGCUUGCCACCGGACGAGAGCCGCUGCGUAGGACCCAUAUCUGUUUUCUUCGGUAGCUGCCUCCACGCCAGAACGGCUCGCCUUCUUCUGCUUCUACUGAUUCCGGGUCAGCUCAUAUUUGUAGCAGUCAUCGAUAGCGUGGAAGGGAAAGGCGACGCGUUCCGUGGUCCCUUUGUGGCGCUAUACGUGGUAGCAGCCUUCAUUCAGGUGUGCAUCCUGCUUUACGUGGCCCGUGUUCUAGUAUACACUCUAUGGUGCCGCGGAGUGGAUCCGGACAACGCUGCCAUACCGUUUUUGACUGCUCUUGGAGACCUCUUCGGCGGUGGCCUCUUGGCCCUUGUGUUCUGGAUUUUGAGUGUUAUAAGUCCCCCCAUACCGCACUAAGGCCCCGAAUUACACUCAUGGGGUGUUAAAUGGCGUCCGAUAGUGUGUCAAUGCGAAUCCAGUACAUGCAGUGAAACUGAGGUUUCAUCUUCCAUCGAGUGGUUAGGUUUCUCUACAAGCCCAUCUUCUCUGCACGACCAGUAACACAUUUGUGAUAUAUAAUACAUUUCCCCGCAUCCCGUAUGCUUCUCUACUGACUGUGUGUGUGUUGGCGAACGUGUCGUUGUUCAGACUAUUGCGGAUUGCGAAAGAGACCAUUCUAACCGAAGCAAGAAAGACUGAGGAUACCGUGGCUAGUCCUGGAGUUACAUACUGUGAAGUAAACUGUUUCGUAGGGUUCUCUUUGCGCUAAGUGUUUAAAUGUGCCACUUCUAUAAAAGACGUUCGUCUGCAAAUUAUUGCGGACAAAUUUUAACGCUAUUGA